ACUUUGAUUUCCGAAGAUGCGAACACCGCACUGGCCGCUACACCCAACUCCGCCUUGCAAGCCAUUGGGAUAGAGGCAGUAGGUAGCGAUAACAACGAGCCUACGGUCCUGCCGUCCUCUACCCCGGCGCCUUCACCGUCGCCGUCGGCCUCGGGACCUCCACAGGAAGAUGACAGCAGCAAUACAGCGCUCAUUAUCGGGGUUGUGGUGAGUGUGGUUGUACUGCUGCUGGUCUGCUGCGUGUGCGCUGGGGGUCUCUGGUGGUAUUUGAGAAAGAAAAAGGGAAACAAGACCGAUGGGAGCCGUGGCUCAGCACAACAAACCUCUAACCCACGAAUGGACCAAAUGGGAGGCAUAGACAAUCGGGGUAGUAUGUACGGAG